GCUCAAGGUUCAUCAAGCACACGCGUCGCGUUCGCCUGACUGUGAGCCUCAACGUUCAACGUCCUUGUUAUAUUCAAUUCAUUCUAGGCAGAAACUAUGUCGACAGAACCUAGGAUUGCUUUCAAAGCAGGGCGUGCUUUCCGACGUGAAAAUACCAACUGGGUCGACCCUGAUCCCACUAAGGGCGCCGUUAUUCUACAGAAUGGCGAAGAUGGUUUGCUGCACUUCAUUUGGAAGAACAGAACUACGAAUGACUCGGAAGAGGACUUGAUCCUCUUUCCUUCGGAUGCUACCUUUGCACCAGUAACCCAGGCUGCUUCUGGUCGUGUCUAUGUUCUCAAAUUCUCGUCUUCGAAUCAAAGACAUUUCUUCUGGAUGCAGGAUGCUGAUUCGACGAGAGACAAGGAUUUCGUACAAAAUGUGAACCGCCUUUUGUUGAAUCCCGAAGAACUUCCAGUCUGGUUCACCGGUUUCCCUGAUGCUCUCGGUACCGCAGCGUUCGAGGAGCCUGGUACUGCUCAAGCUUCAUCUUCAUCUUCGUCUGCGCAGCCUGCACAACCCAGUCAACCAGCUCAGCCAGGCCAACCAGGCUUCCAAUUCACUCAAGAACAACUGAACCAGUUCCAAUCUAUGAUUGAAUCAAGCGGAGCGGGAGCUAAUGUACCCCCAGUUGUAGAACUCUCCCUCACAGACGUCCUCACCCCCGCGAAUCUCACACCACUGUUCACCUCUCACCCCGAGCUUAUACAAACACUUUUCCCUCACCUUCCUCCUGACCUACCUUCACCGCCUACCCCACAAACUAUCCAACAAGUAAUCAGUUCACCACAAUUCCGAGCUGCCGUUCGUAACUUCGACCAAGCAUUGAGGACUGGACUCUUAGGUGGCCUAGUACGAGGAUUGGGUCUGCCCGAGGAAGCUGGGACAGGCGUGGAAGCUUUCUUGAGGGCUAUUCAAGAUCAAGCGAGAGAGGGCGGAGGCGGGGACAGCAUGGACACCGAUUGAGGGUAUUACAUUUAUUCCGUGUGUGUUCCCUAUAUCCUAGGAAUCCAAUCCCGAGAGCCGUGAACAAAAAAGAAGUGCAAGGU